ACCCGAAGGCCGCUUCGUGACUCGGAAAAAGAGAAAAUUAUCGUCAGUCCAGUGAUCGCUUCGAGAGCGUAACGACGCAUCGGAAGAUCGUAGGAGAAUCCGCAAACGCAAAAGCAGUAAAUUCCACGACGUAAACGUUGGCGACAAUUCGCGAAAUGGUUGACGAAGCGUAAUCCAAUCGGUAUUGGUUUCGAAGAGGAAGAUAACGAAGCGAGACACGUGGCGCGUACCUGAAACGAGGCGACAGAGAGUACGGCCCUGAACCGGGAGGAAGCAAGCAAGAGCGCAAGUCUUCUGCUAAUGCCAAACGAUUCCCUUAAUACACUCGCGUCUGGAAUCUCGUUGUAAUUGGGGCGAACACUUUGUGCCAGCUGUCGCGUACUUGUCAGUGUUUCGCAGUGAUCAUACGAACCGGUCUAGCACGAAGCUUGUCGAAGGGGAUUGCGGCUGUCGGGCGAGAAUCAUUGGACGACUACGGUCGGAAAGCAAGAGAAAGAGCAGUCGUAGCGCAGCUCCAAAGGAACGUCUGGCUGGUCGCCAUCUUAGAUUCAUCGUGAGCACGUUGUACGAAACGGUGGAAGGAGCUUCCCGGAGAAUCGCGAGCUUUCCAAGAAAAAAAUUCACAGGCAUGCGAGAAGGAAAGGUGUCGUUUUUCCUCGAACGUGAACGCUUAUAAAUCGAGACGGUGCAUGUCGACAGAGGCAGAGGCAGUGGGUGUUGCGAGCGAGAAAACCGAGCGGCCACAGAUGCACGAAACGCAAGUGAAACGACCGUGUGCAAAGUGACUUCCUGGAGGAGAGAGAUUUUUUCUUUUCUGUUUCCUAAUUUACGGGGGCCUAACGAGGCGGCGCUGAUCAUCGACGCGAGCGAACGAACUGAAAUUAUCAGUAUGAGUAAGAUGCUAGGUACAAACUAUUGCACUGUGUUCUCUGUACUUAGAAGUCCCGAAGAGGGUGAAUCGUUUAAGCGGAUCAUCUGAAAGAAUCGAUCGAGAUACAGAGGGAACGACAUAUCGUGGAAAGAACACGGAUUUGUACGUUGUCAGGCCGCGAGGGCGAUUGUCAGGAUUAAUCAGCCGGAUCACGAGUGUGGUGAUAGUCACGAGUGUGGGAAUAAAGCGUUAAAACGAGUGCGUCAGUUUUCGCGUGUGAAAAAAUAAGUGCUUAAUCAUUUGAGAAAUCAUUCGUGUCGGGGACGUGUGAUCACCUUCGAGAAAGGAACUUCGUUGACGUAAUCAAUUCUAUAUAUACAUACACUCUUCGUACAUAUAUAUAUAUAUAUAGCUAAUCGAAAUUCGCGAAACCGUGAAGUGAACAUUAUAUCCGCCAACCAGUGUACGGUACGCUCGAUACGUGCUCGCUCUUUCUUCCUUCACGUCAAUCGCUCUAUCGAUCGUCUGGUUUAAUUUAGCAAUCGAGAAACGUCUCUCGAUCCCGAUAAUCCCGUACACGGAACUUUCUUCGACCGACGCGCCACCCGUGGUAUACUCGAAGCUCGAUUUAUCCGCCAUCGGGAAAAAAGAAAUACGAGGAACUUUUAAAUAUCGCGCGUUAUCGUCGGAAUCGCGAGCGAUAAGGUGAUCGAUCGAUAACGAGCGUUCCGAAUCGAUAAGACAGGGAUCCGUGUGCCCCGAAAAGGAUCCCAAUAUAUACGUAUAUAAAGACCGGUGUGACCCGUGUCGGAACCUGUGGACGACGAAUUAAUUUCCCUGCCGAUCGAUACAUCCGACGGCAUCCAAAAUACUUUUAUAACCCGUAAUGUAUUUGAGAUCGCACGUACAGGCAGCAAAAGGGAGGCACGAGAAUGCAAGAGAGGAGGCGAUAGAAGUUGGCUGCGCAGCAAGAGGCCGAAGCAACAUUGGAUCGGCGGCGAGAGGCAAGGGCAAGACGAAGCAAUCUGCGGUGGACUGGUGGGAUUUGGAGGAGCCUCAGCUGCUUCGUCCGAGAUUGGCCGACAGAGAUUCGAAACAGGCGUGCGUACGACGCGGUAUGAGCGAAGGUGAACGAGCAGUGAUCACGCCACGAAUUGGCUGGCGAAAGCUCACCGAUCCUGGCGACUGACACGAAUGCAGAAACUCGGGGGCAGGUCCGAAGCGAUAGCAUCGGUUAUUGUUUCGCCGUCAACGUCGUCGUUGUCCUGCCGCUCAAACAAACUAGCCACUGCCACUUGGACUCUCGUGGAAAGAUCUCGGGGCCUGCUCGACCAUCGGUUCAACGGGACACCGCUCUAUUCUCGCGUGUCGAUCCACUGAUGUCAGCCAAAUGCAAGAGAACGCUCCAUUGAGAUCUACACCGAGAUCAUCGAAGAUGGACCCGAAAAUGGCGGGUAAUCGGUGUCGGUAGCAGAUGGGGUUAUUGCCUGGAACAGCGAUCUCCUCGUCCUGCACUAUUCCUAGGGGAGCCACGUUUGAGCCGUUCACUUGGUUUCGGCUAGAUCCCAAUUUUCCUCUCUCGUCACGAGUAUUCUCUCCUCGUCGAUCUCUCCUCCCUCUCCAGCCAGUUGACGAACUUUGCGUCCUUGUUUUCUUUCUAUUUUCUCGUUGUCCGGUAAACAACGCGGGUCCGCGAUUGACCCAUAGACAAUAAAUCCUAGCUGAUAAGAAUAGUGUUAAGAUGUAGUUGUGAAACGGUCAGGAUAAAAUCAGGGAAGAAGGACAAGAAACGUCGAAAGGGAAAACGCUGUCGUGAUACCGUGAGCAGUAUCCUCGCUGAGUGAUCUCCCGCGAGACCACGAACAAUUAUACCUAAUUAAAAGAGAGAAGCAUAGCUGUAAUAUUACGCGUAUAAUAUUCGCGCUUAAGUCCCGCUCCUUUUCCCGCGAUCAUCAUGCCGCCCACUCCGAACAAAUUGAACUUGAGCUUCGCCAGAAACGCGUACAGCGUGUUUGGGGCACGCGCUACCAAUACCAUCGCUGACCAUCAACGCGAGCAGAAAACGGAACUUCUAGAGGGUACCAGAAGCAACGGAAUCCUCCAUCUGAAGAAUGGUAUCGAUUACAUCAACCCUGGUGAAGAAGACCAAAUGGAGAUCUAUGGCUACAAGAGAAACAAAAUCCUAACAGCUGUUACCUGGUUCUUGAUUAUCGUAACCGGUGGCCUUCUUAGAUUGAUCUUCCACUGGAUACCACAUUUGAUGUUGCUUGCAACUCAUUCCAAAUGUCAAUUAAAAACCGCAGAUACUGUUUUGCUGAUCGAGAAGUUCCAAGGAAAACACACGAGCUAUUACGUGAAGAAAUUGAAGACCUUGGCUGCUCAAGAUAUAGUUAAUAAACCCUUCGAUGGAAAAUCUUUGAUGGAUAACGAACCUUGGAUGGAGAACGGCAACAUGAUAACCAUCAAGGAAGUAAAGGAAGAGUAUCCCACGCUGUCGCUACAUUUAAUCGGUGGACUAUUUAAACAGGUUCCGACGAUCGUUUUCUUCACUUGCAAAAAAUUAACUUACGUUUGGGACCCCGAGAGAUGCGAAUUUCUGAAGCUUCGAGGUUUAGACGUUGGUGUUUUAACUUCUACAUUGUAUCAGAUGCAAGGAUUGAACUCGCUUGAACAACAUAUGAGGCGUAGCGUUUAUGGAAACAAUGAAAUCGUGAUUCCAGUAAAAAGUAUCUUAACGCUGCUCUGUCUAGAGGUCCUCAAUCCAUUCUACGUCUUCCAGCUGUUUAGUUUUUGCCUCUGGAUUGCCGACGAUUAUUACUACUAUGCCAUGGUCAUCUUAACGAUGUCCAGCAUCGGCAUAAUUAUGGCAGUCUUCCAGACUCGUCGGAACCAACACAACUUAAGAUCCACCGUACACUCUUCCGACGUGGCAACGGUGAUGAGAGAUCGCGCAACCGGGCAAACAGCGACCGUGCCUGCUGAAAAAUUAGUACCUGGUGACAUUUUGAUUAUUCCCUCUCAUGGUUGUUUAAUGCCCUGCGACGCGGUACUUCUAACUGGAAAUUGCAUUCUAAAUGAAUCUAUGUUAACCGGGGAAUCAGUUCCUGUUACUAAAACACCUAUUCCAUCGUCCAAUGAAAUAAUAUAUGACACUAAGGAGCAUGCAAGGCACACCCUGUUUUGUGGUACUCGAGUUAUUCAGACUAGAUAUUUUGGAUCCGAAAAGGUUUUAGCUGUAGUUGUCAGAACUGGAUUUAACACUAGCAAAGGUGGACUGGUCAGAUCUAUUAUGUACCCUCCACCGGUGGACUUCAAAUUCGAGCAAGAUUCGUACAAGUUCGUCAUCUUGUUGGCUGGCAUAGCUAGUAUCGGCGUGAUCUACACUAUCGUGACAAAAGCUAUGAGAGGUGUACCAAGCAAUCACAUCGCUCUAGAAGCUUUAGAUCUAAUUACCAUCGUAGUACCUCCAGCAUUGCCGGCGGCUAUGACUGUUGGCCGUAUGGUAGCGCAACGUAGACUCGAGAAGAGCAAGAUUUAUUGUACGAGUCCAAGAACCAUUAACGUGUCGGGAUCGAUCGACUGCAUUUGCUUCGAUAAAACUGGAACGCUGACCGAAGAUGGCCUCGAUAUGUGGGGUGUAGUGUCCACGGUCGAUAAGAAAUUCCAGCCACCUAUCAAAGAUAUCACGACCAUACCCUUGACCGAUCUACUCAUUGGAAUAGUGACGUGUCACGGAAUCACGAUAAUAGAAAAUCAACUGGUAGGGGAUCCACUCGAUUUAAAAAUGUUCGAGUCUACCGGCUGGACUCUGGAAGAACCCGAUGUAUCCGACACGUCAAAAUUCUCUAUGCUUUUUCCCACGAUAGUACGUCCACCAAAGGGCUCCAAACUGCACAAUAAACUACCCAACGACCUAAGAAUCUCGCUCGGCCGACAAAAUUCUAUGACCUCUGAAGUGAUGGAGAACAUUUCGUUGAACAACCUCGAUACCACGUUGGCUGGUUCCACGACGGAAUUGGGGGCGCAAGGUUUAGAAAUUGGAAUCGUUCGUCAGUUUCCGUUUACGUCUACUCUUCAAAGAAUGAGCGUGAUCACUAGGACAUUGGGCGCUGAUCAUUACGAUCUCUACUGCAAGGGUAGCCCGGAAAUGAUCCUCAGUCUCUCUAGAGCGGAAUCCAUUCCACCAGACUUUGGCAGCGUGUUGCAAGAAUAUACUUCGGAGGGCUACCGUGUCAUCGGUCUCGCACACAAAUCUUUGAAUCGUCUUCCUUACGCUAAAGUCCAGCGAUUGAGUCGCGAGUCUGCCGAGUCUGAUCUCACGUUCUUAGCGUUCGUGAUUUUGGAGAAUAGAUUAAAGCCAGAAACUACACCCGUGAUUAGUGUUUUAAAUACUGCCUGUAUUAAAACUGUCAUGGUGACUGGCGACAACAUGUUGACUGCGCUAUCGGUUGCCAGAGACUGUGACAUCGUUAAGCCAGGUACACCCGUGAUCGCAGUCUCUGCCACUCAGCAAAACCAAAUGAAACCACAGAUAUAUUUUACGAAGAGCAACAGUCAGCCAGGAACGCUACAGCCGGAUCUCAGCGAGAUGACUGAUCUGAAUAGUGUAGCUAGCUUGGACACGAUUGAGAGGGGCUCCUUUGAGAACGAUCAGUUCGAUAACGAUGCCAAUUAUUUAUCCGACGACUUACAGCAUUCAAAAAACAAAUACGUGUUUGCACUCACGGGUAAAACAUGGGCGUUAGUUAAACAAUAUUAUCCGGAACUGAUUCCUAAACUUGUCACCCGCGGUGCAAUCUUUGCGAGGAUGUCACCAGACCAAAAGCAACAGCUAGUUCAGGAAUUGCAAUCUUUGGGAUACUAUGUUGCUAUGGUAGGUGACGGUGCGAAUGACUGCGGAGCUCUGAAGGUUGCUCACACCGGAAUUUCUCUCUCUGACACCGAAUCGUCAGUAGCAUCGGCGUUCACCAGCCGCGAGACGAACAUUUCCUGCGUAUUAACCGUGAUACGAGAAGGACGUGCAGCUCUGGUCACUUCCUUCGGGAUUUUCAAAUACAUGGCGAGUUACUCGCUUACCCAGUUCAUCUCCGUAAUGCUGCUGUACGGCAUCGAAUCAAAUUUGACGGAUAUCGAGUUUCUCUACAUCGAUCUCUUCAUCAUCUCGAUCUUCGCUUUCUUCUUUGGCCGUACCGAGGCUUACGAUGGCCCAUUAGUCAAAACAGCACCCCUGAACAGUCUCAUUAGUAUCACUCCUAUUCUUAGCUUGGUAACGCAGAUUUUGAUCGUCGCCAUAUUUCAGUCUGCCAGUUUAUGGCAUCUUCAGCAGAUGGAGUGGUUCGAACCUUUUAACGCCACGAUUAAGGCAGCUGAGAAUAAGGAUGACGUGAGCUGUACGGAGAAUUAUACGGUUUUCAUUAUUAGUUCCAUGCAAUAUAUCAUUCUGGCUGUGACAUUCUCAAAGGGACAUCCGUACAGAAAAUCUUUGUUCACGAAUUACGGUCUGCUCGCCUCGUUCAUUUCUCUCACCCUCUUCUCCGUCUAUCUCGCGACAUUUCCUUUCGAGUGGCUGACCGACUGGUUCGAGCUAAUACUUCCAGAGGACGACGGCUUCCGUUUCAUUCUGGUUGGCUACGGGAUCGCUAACUUUGUGAUCUCGUUGCUGGUGGAGUACUUCUUCGUUGACUAUCUCGUUUUUAGAAAAUUACGAUACCGUUGGCGUAACGUAGAUAAAUCUAGACGAAAAUACCUCGCGAUCGAGCGUGACCUGGCGCGCGUCAUAGAGUGGCCGACGAUCUCGCAAGAGCCAUUGCCGGAAGCGGCGCCGGAUAUUCUGAUUCGUCAAAACGUCACCGAGAUCAAGAUCGAGAAACGCGUGCCCGAACCCUGCCAUCCCGCCGACACGAGCUUCAUGAACAGUCCCAUCUGCGCGAACUUCAAGCACUUCGGCUCGGCCAGAGAAGUCAGUCUGAAUCCUAGGGCCCUGUUCAACGAUCGCAGGAACACCGUGUCCAUGCAGACGGUUCCCUGCUUCGAGGACAAAGACGCCGCGACGAAACAGCCGAACAUAGAGCUAUCAGCGAAGAGGAGAUAUAACUCGGAAUCAGAGAGGGGCAUCAAUCGGUACGAAAGGCCGUUCAAGAGCCACAGCACUAAUCCGAUCGCGACUCUGCCGAGGAACACGGCUAUGGCUCUUCAACCGCAGAAGCUGAGAGACUUGAAGAACGUCUUGAUGCACAAGAGCGAAGAUGGCUUGUCUCCCACUACACAAAGUGUCCUUGAACUCGAUAUUCUGCCGUCGUAGGAGAGAGCGAUUUAUUCUCGUGGGAUGAUUCGAAUCGGUAAUGGCCAAAGAACGGUAGUGCCUCGAGCAACGAACAGUGAUCGUUUAACUUUGAGGAACGAUGCACUGUUCGCUAUUCGACGCACCUGUCCGAUUUCGUACACCGAAUUACCACGAGGUAUCUCCACUCCGGUGCAUUUGUUGUCCGAUGGCAAAUCGCAACGCAAGACUGUCCAACGGCUACACGAAACCACUCAGGAACGUUUUAAUCCGAGAUGUCAGGAUCGAGGAAAGUACGAGUGACCAGCGUUCAGCGAAGAACCGACGUUGCAAAUUCCCGACAAGAUCUCAUGAUCAAAAUAUCGUUCACAGAGUGCAUUUAGAAUGCCGCGGCGUUCACGACAGCUCGAUAACCGACGAUGCUCCUGGGAGCAUCGUGCGGUACGUCAACUGAGGGGGUCCCUUUUGACCCGGUCUUUCUUCGUCCUCCUCCUUUAUUAGUAUUCGAGCGUACCACUCUCGGAAGAGAAAGUAUUAUCGUUAGUUUAUUUAACUUAUAUGAUGAAUUCUAACUCGCCCUGUCGCCAGGGAGUAGUGCUGUUCGCGCGGAAGAACGGAAUCCCUUGACGCAGGCCGAACGAAGUAGAUAGGUAGAUACAUUUCUUCUUUUCUUUUUGGGAAUUCUUUCGCGUUUAGAUGCCGUCUUUUUUCACUGCGGUUUCAGAGAUAUACUUAAAAAAGAAAAAAUGAAAAAAAAUACGCGACCGAAUGUAUAGAUGGAUGCGAAUCCAAAUGAAUUUUUUAAACUAGGAAACUGUAGGGAAUUGAUGAUACAUUCCCGUUUUCACGACGAGCCAUUCUAUAUUGUAUUGUAUUGUUUUUCUUUUUUUUUUAUUAUUAUUAUUUUAUUUUUGCUAAUUCACAAUAUCUAGUCCUGUUUCGUCGGCUCGUGGCCAACAAAUUGUUGUCGAAAAUGUAACGAUAGGAAACGGCGCUCGUUGACGACGUCGAUAAAAGGGAAACGUUGGUAAGAUUAUACGAUUUCGUCGCGAAAGCGGGAAGCCAGUGUACUUUUUGUUGGUGUGAAGAUUGGGGAAUUGUAACUAUACAGUAGUCUAUCCCAAGAUAUCUUAAUCAAACCUCGAGGGCCGACGUCCUGCGACCCGGAACGCAGAAAUUCGACGCUCGUUGUCGCGGAUACUUAUUGUUAAAACGAUUAACGAGAUAAAUGUGUACUUAUAUACGCAAUGAAAUAUACAUACUUAAGCGCGUUGUUCUACUAGUUGCGACG